ACCGGAAGCCUCAUUCAUAUUUCUCUUAGCCUCCUAGCUAUGCUGAUUAUUAUUUCACUAUGGAAAUGGCUUCCCUGAACUUUCUCUUCAUUCUCUUCACCAUUUUGUACGCUUCCGUCCUCUCUGCCAGUGAUAGUGUUGGCGCAGAGCCAAUUCACAUAUACCCUUUUACUUGCUCUGCUUCUCAUCACAUCCCGAGCUGCAAUUCCAAGCUGUAUCACAUUUCUACAGGCCAUCAAAUUGAAGAAAUAGCCUAUUUUUACAAGGUGAAUGUAUCCGAGCUUGAGCCCAUAAACCGUGAUCAAAGUCAAAAGGACUAUCUUGUAUCUGUGCCUUGCAGUUGUAAGGACAUUGAUGGCACGCAAAUGUACGUGUAUGAUACCAAUUAUCCAGUUCAAUCAGGGGACACAUUUGAGAGAGUUGCAGGCGAGUUUUACAGUAGCCAAGCCUUGAGGGGGCAAGGCAAUUUGAGCACCAUACAUCUUGUUUGUGGCUGCGUGAAGAAAAAGUCGCAGGAGAUUGUGACAUACACAGUUCAAGAGCAUGACACUUUAUCAGGAAUUGGACAUCUUCUAGAUGCAUACGAGUCUGAAAUUGAGACAUACAAUAGAAACUUUACUAAAGAUCCGAGUUUUCUAGAUGUAGGUUGGGUGUUGUAUGUGCCGAAGAAUGGACUUCGAGCUAACAAGAAAGGAAAAAGACUCAAGGUGUCUAUAGUCAUAGGUGUAUCGUCCGCUGUUUGUUUUGUUUUGGUGGCCACCUUCAUUGUGUUCCUUCUAAUGAGAAAUAGGAUCUGUAGGAACCUAGGGGAUGAUUUGCACCUUGUAAACUCAAGUGCGAAGAAACGUUCCUCGCUGAAGCAACAGUUUUUUAAAAAGGAAAUGGAAGAAACUUUUGAGAAUGAUAGACCUGUUAUAUAUACUAUGGAGGAGAUCAAAGAGGCUACAAAUAACUUUGACGAUACCAGAAAGAUUGGGGAGGGUGGAUACGGUUGUGUUUACUUUGCCAUAAUAGGAGAAGUAAAAGUUGCAAUUAAGAAUAUGAGAUCUACCAGGACAAAAGAAUUCUUUGCUGAGCUCAAGGUGUUAUGCAAGAUACAUCAUAACAAUGUGGUGGAGCUGCUAGGAUAUGCUAGUGGAAGUGAACAUCUUUGUUUGGUAUAUGAGUUUGUUCAGAAUGGAUCUCUCAACGACCAUCUUCAUGAUCCAUUGUUGAAAGGUCGCCAACCUCUUUCAUGGACUGCAAGAGCACAGAUAGCACUGGAUACUGCAAGAGGGAUUGAAUACAUUCAUGAUCACACGAAGAAACGCUAUGUCCACCGUGAUAUAAAAACGAGUAAUAUUCUACUUGAUGAAGGACUCAGAGCCAAGGUAGCAGAUUUUGGGCUAGCAAGGUUAGUGGAACGGUCUAAUGAAGAAGAUAUAGUUGCAACUCGUGUAGUUGGAACACCCGGUUACAUUCCUCCUGAAUCGGUGCGGGAGCUACAAAUGACAGCAAAAGGUGAUGUAUAUGCAUUCGGAGUGGUUAUAGGAGAGCUAAUAACUGGUCAGCGUGCCAUUGUUCGUGACAACCGAGAGCCAAAAAGGAUGAAAUCACUGGUCUCAGUUUUGUUAGAAGUAUUCCAAGAUAAUGAUCCAGAGAUUGCUUUGGAAGCUAAAAUAGAUGGUAAUUUGAAAGGAAGCUACCCCAUGGAAGAAGUCUACAAGAUGGGAGAAAUAGCAAGAUGGUGUUCGAGUGAAGAUCCAGUAAAUCGGCCAGAGAUGCAUGAGAUUGUACAAUCACUCUCCCAAAUUUUGAUGUACUCAAUAGAAUGGGAAGCAUCCCUUGGAGGGAAGAGUGAGGUCUUCAGUGGAUUAUUCAGUGGAAGAUAACAUGAAGACCAAGCAAGAUGUGACCACUUUGAGCUAAAAUGAAAUGGUGAACAUGUGUCCCAUGAUCACUUGGCCUAUGGUCAGAGAAGCAGGACAGGGGUAGAAAAAGUUUAUGUUCACUAGUCCAAAAUCUUGAAUGUAGUGCAGUGAUAACUACUUAUAUAC